AUGCACUUCACCAACGUCUUCGUCCAGGCUCUCAUUGCCGGCUCUGCCAUCGCAGCUCCUACUUCCCUCGUCAGCAAGCGUCAACUUCAGACCAUCCAGGGCGCCCUUACCAACGUCCAGGACUCUCUUACCAGCCUCGACACCGCUGUCAAGGCUCUCUCCGCCGCUGACCCCAACUCUGCCGCCAACCUCCUGGAUGCCUCCAACAAGGUUCAGACCAGCCUGAAGCAGGGAACUACUCAGAUCCAGGGUGCUCAGGAGCUGUCCUUGACCGACGCCCUCACCCUCCAGCAGUCCGCCGGCGGCCUCACCACCGCUGUCCAGACUGUCGUUACCGACCUGACCAACAAGAAGCCCGAGCUUGACAAGCUCGGCGCCACCUCCAUCGCCGUUGACCAGCUCAAGUCUCAGAAGGCCGUGGCCACUGACUUCAGCACCGCCGUCGUCUCCAAGGUCCCCGCCAUUGGUCAGGGCAUCGCCCAGCAGUCCGUCGACCAGGUAACCCAGUCUCUUGACCAGGGUAUUCAGGCUCUCUCUGCUCCCGCCGCCGGUGGUGCUGCUGGCGGUGCUGCUCCUGGUGCUCCCGCCGCUCCUGCCGCGCCUGCUGCCGAACCUGCCGCACCCGCCGCCCCCGCCGUCUUCCAGACUGAGGUGAUGACCAACUGA